AUGACCGAACGGAUCCCACCACCGGCGACCGACGAGACGCGGGCGGUGAAUAAGUUACCGCAGAAGAAGUUCUAUCGCGCGCGUGCGCAUUGUAACCCAUUGUCGCAUAACGACUGCUUUGACUAUCCGUCGACACCGACUGCUAUGGACUGGUCGAGUCACUUCCCGGGCAUUGAAAAUCCGAGCGUCGACUUUUUGGAUAUCGGGUGUGGCUUUGGUGGACUCACAGUGAAACUCGCCGAGCUGUUUCCCGACCGAGUGACGCUGGCGCUUGAGAUCCGUGCCAAGGUGACCGAGUACGUGCGUCUGCGUAUUGAAGCGCUGCGGGCCGAGCACCCGGAGCAGUUUCAGAACGUGUCUGUGCUGCGCACAAAUGCCAUGCGGUACCUACCGCACUACUUUGGAAAGGGACAAAUCCGCAAACUGUUCUUUUGCUUCCCGGACCCGCAGUUCAAGACGCGGCUGCACCGGCGCCGCAUUGUCCACACGCCGCUACUUGCCGAAUAUGCCUAUUUGUUGGCUCCUGGUGGUAUCUUGUACACUAUCACGGACGUGGAAGAACUACACGAGUGGCACGUGGACAAGUGCUCGACUCACCCGUGUUUCACGCGCGUUCCGGAUAGUGAGUUGGAUGCUGAUCCGUGCGUGAAGGCCAUGACGGAGGAGACGGAAGAAGGCAAGAAAGUUGCUCGUGGUGGCGGCAAAAAGUAUGUGGCAGUGUUUCGACGGAAGGCCAACAAAGAUGUUGCUACUGACAAUCUCUUUUGGUGA